CCCUGCAGCUGAUCACACACACACACAUACACUCACAUACACCAACACUAUUCUCCAUUCUCCCCAUUACACACUCACCACCAUCAUGAUAAUCCUAUCACCUCCCCCAAAAAGAAAAAGGACUGGAGCUCAUUCAUUCUGAUCCCAGAUGCCAUAAGCCUCUCCAGCCACUGUCCAAGACUCCAGAGGAUCCUACAAAAAGACAUGAAGCCAAAGGCAGAACCUGAGCUGUGAGGACCAUCUUCAGUGCUUUUGUCCCUAACAUCCCAGGAAGCUAAAGAGAGUAGGUUUUGCUUGAAGACGACAACCUCCUCUAUCCAUCCUUAUUGCAAGCACAGAACAGUUCUGCUCUGCUGAUCUUCAGUUUCGGGGGGGAGGGAGGGAGGGGGACAUUGCCUCUGAGAUUGCUAGGCUGGACCUCUGCUUGAACUCCAGUGCAUCUUGUUCUGUGAUACUUUCGAGGCGAAGCGUCCUCCCCGGUACCCGACCAGCGAAAAGAAACGAGGGAUCACCCCAGGGGAAUAAGAUUGCAUUAUCAUUUAAUUUUUUUUGUUAUUUUUAUGUUAAUUUAAUUUUAAUUAUUAUUAUUAUUAUUUAAUUAUUAUUAUUUUUUUAUUUCCUUCCUUCUCUCUCCAUGCCAACUUCUUGGCAACGUCAGUCUUGCAAGGAGAUGCUUUGCUGCAGAACCAAAGCCAAAGGGACCGGGAUCUGGGGAUGAGUUAAUAAUAUAAUUUGUAUUGUGUUUAGGAAGAAAGAAAUUGGUACAGUAAAUCAGUUUUUAUUUUUUAUUUUUUGUAUCUCUGUUUUCAUGGAUUAUGUGGCUCUUGGCUGCUGAACGUAGGGACCAUUACUUUCCCGGCAAUAGAAAUCAAAGCUAUUGAGGGGGAAAAAAAGGAGAAAGCCGGAGAAGGAAAGUGACACUGAUUUGCACAUCCAUUGAAUCUGGCUGGUGUUGCUUUUUUCAUAUUAUGUCUGCACUCCGAAGGAAAUUUGGGGACGAUUAUCAGGUAGUGACCACUUCGUCGAGUGGCUCAGGAUUUAACCAAGCUGCUCCCAAAAAGAAAAGACAGAGGUUUGUGGAAAAGAACGGCCGAUGUAACGUCCAGCAUGGCAACCUGGGGAGCGAGACCAGCAGAUACCUCUCUGACCUCUUCACCACCCUGGUGGACCUUAAAUGGCGUUGGAAUUUAUUCAUUUUUAUUUUGACUUAUACAGUAGCUUGGCUUUUUAUGGCGUCCAUGUGGUGGCUCAUCGCCUACAUGAGAGGGGAUCUCAAUAAAGCACAUGAUGAGAACUACACGCCUUGUGUGGCUAACGUCUACAACUUUCCAUCUGCCUUUCUCUUCUUCAUUGAGACUGAGGCCACCAUUGGUUACGGAUUCAGGUACAUUACUGAUAAGUGCCCGGAAGGAAUUAUCCUUUUUCUUUUCCAGUCCAUCCUUGGUUCCAUCGUCGAUGCCUUUUUGAUAGGUUGCAUGUUCAUAAAGAUGUCGCAACCCAAAAAGAGAGCCGAAACUUUAAUGUUCAGUGAACAUGCAGUCAUUUCCAUGAGAGAUGGCAAACUCACCCUGAUGUUCAGGGUGGGCAACCUUCGAAAUAGCCAUAUGGUAUCUGCUCAAAUCCGCUGUAAAUUGCUCAAAUCCCGGCAGACACCGGAGGGCGAGUUUCUCCCUCUCGAUCAACUUGAACUCGAUGUAGGAUUUAGCACAGGGGCGGAUCAGCUUUUUCUGGUUUCUCCUCUUACAAUCUGCCAUGUGAUUGACGCCAAAAGCCCCUUCUACGACCUCUCCCAGCGGUCCAUGCAGACUGAGCAGUUUGAGAUUGUCGUCAUCCUGGAGGGUAUUGUGGAAACUACAGGAAUGACCUGUCAGGCGCGGACAUCGUAUACGGAGGAUGAAGUUUUGUGGGGCCAUCGUUUUUUUCCUGUAAUAUCACUAGAAGAAGGGUUCUUCAAAGUAGACUACUCGCAGUUCCAUGCAACAUUUGAAGUUCCCACCGCACCUUAUAGUGUGAAAGAACAGGAGGAGAUGCUUCUUAUAUCCUCACCCAUUAUAGCACCAGCAGUAAGCAACAGCAAAGAAAAAAAUAAUUCUAUAGAUACUCUGGAUAGUCUGGACGACAUUAGCACAAAAAUACCUUCAAAACUCCAGAAAAUGACUGGCAGAGAGGACCUACCCAGAAAAUUGCUCAGAAUGAGCUCUACCACUUCUGAAAAAGCUUACAGCAUGGGGGACUUGCCGAUGAAACUUCAAAGAAUAAGUUCGGUUCCGGGAAAUUCGGAAGAGAAACUGGGCAUUAAGACAACAAAGAUGAUUUCUGAUCCGAUGAGCCAAUCAGUAGCAGAUUUACCACCAAAGCUUCAAAGAUUGUCCGGCGGUAGGAUGGAUGGAAACCUGCCGCCAAAAUUACGGAAAAUGAAUUCCGAUCGAUUUACAUAACACAGACUUUUUAGGCAUUAAUUAUAAAAUGGGUUGGUAGAUGCAUCCACAAAAUAUGGAACCAUACCGAUGCAGCUGGUCUGGAGAUACAACAUGGCUGUCUUUCCUAUGUAGGAAACCCUAGUUGGCGGCAGUUUUAACAGUAGUCAGGACUGUACUGUAUAUAUAGUGCUUUGAUAAGAGACCCAAUAUGUUUUUACGGUCUUUCUAGAAGUAAAGUAAUACUAAUUGGCAUGUAGUAUCACAUCAAGCAUGCAAUAAUAGUGUGCAUAUUUUGCAUAUAGUUUUAUGGCAUGAAUCUUACUUUAUAUUGUAUAAUCUAAAAAGAAAAAAAGAAAAAAAAAAGAAAAAAAGGAAAAGGGGUAUUAUUCUCCCCUGAUAUUUUUUAAGACUAGUAAAUCUAUUAUAAGAAAGGAUAACUAUAAGGGCAAAGUUUUAUUUCAGAUUAUCUACUAUUUGGAUAUAGAUUGUAAAUAUGUGUCCAUCUCAGUAUAUAUCAUCUCUGUACGUUACAUCUCAAAGCAGAAAUUAUGUUCAUACUGUUGCUGGUUAACUGUUUUUAAAUUCUUUGGCUAUCCCUAUAUAAAACAGAAUUUUUUUUGUUAAAAUGGUUUUCCAGUCCUUCUAGCCAGAAGUACUCAGCUCUAUUUCUCAUGUAAUGGCUGCAUUGGGUUAAUGCAGCUCAGCUUUUAUUAAAGUGAAUGGGAGCUGAGCUGCAGUAACCCAUCAUGACCACUACACAAUGUACGGAGCUGUCAUCUUCCAGCUUAGUUUCUCUGUGUAUGUCUGAUUGGAGGCUUCUACGGGGGUGCCAGGCGUUGGCAUCCCACCAAUCUGACAUUAUUGACCUACCCAAAUGAUAGGUCAUCAAUAUGUUGUAAUCAGAAAAGCAGGCAUACAGUACAUCUCAUGGCUGCACAAGGUACAAACUCCUAUUGCCUCCAUGCCAUGAAGCUGUAGGCACGCCAUGGCCAACAGUAUGGUGCCUCUGUAUCAUACUCUAUUAUGAAGAACUUCUCUUAUAAGUCAUGUCUCUAUGUAAAACUAACUCCAAAAUAUUAGAUCCGAUAGAGCAUGCCUAAGGUUUAGUUCAAAUCUGCCUUCUUUUCAGAUUCCUAUUAAAUAAUAAGACAAAAAACACUGUAUGCAGUAUAUUUUUGUCCUCUUAGAAUCCUGCAAAAUGGUGGACAUUAGAAACCCAACAGAACCCAUUAAAAGAGGCCUCUAGAGAGCCAUUAGUGUCCAUCAUGCAGUGGACAUCUGGCUUGGGUUUCUCCACCUGAACUGAGCCUCCAAGGCAAAUUUGAACCUUACCUUAAAGUGUACCUGUCAUUUGCAAAAACUUUUUACAUAAUGUAGAUAAUAACAUAAAAAGUAUAUUUGUAAAAAAAUGUGUAUAUUUUGGGUGAAAUAAUGCUGUCUAUGCAGCUAUUGCCUGUGUGUCUCUGUACAGAGACAAAAUAAAAUAAGUGUGGGCGUUCAAGCAGGGCUCUGUACACUGAGGACAAGCAGGGCUCUGUACACUGAGGACAAGCAGGGCUCUGUACACUGAGGACAAGCAGGGCUUUGUGCACUGAGGACAAGCAGGGCUCUGUACACUGAGGACAAGCAGGGCUCUGUACACUGCGGACAAGCAGGGCUCUGUACACUGAGGACAAGCAGGGCUCUGUACACUGCGGACAAGCAGGGCUCUGUACACUGAGGACAAGCAGGGCUCUGUAUAAUGAGGACAAGCAGGGCUCUGUGCACUGAGGACAAGCAGGGCUCUGUACACUGAGGAUAAGCAGGGCUCUGUGCACUGAGGACAAGCAGGGCUCUGUGCACUGAGGACAAGCAGGGCUCUGUACACUGAGGACAAUCAGGACUCUGUACACUAAGGACAAGCAGGGCUCUGUGCAGUGAGGACAAGCAGGGCUCUGUGCAGUGAGGAUAAGCAGGGCUCUGCACACUGAGGAUAAGCAGGACUCUGUAGACUGAGAACAAGCAGGGCUCUGUAAUCUGAGGACAAGCAGGGCUCUGUGCACUGAGGACAAGCAGGGCCCUAUUCAUUGAGGACAAGCAGGGCUCUGUACACUGAUGACAAGCAGGGCUCUGAACACAAGCGGGGCUCUGUAGACUGAGGAUAAGCAGGGCUCUGUAUACUAAGGACAAGCAGGGCUCUGUGCAGUGAGGACAAGCAGGGCUUUGCGCAUUGAGGAUAAGCUGGAAUCUGUACACUGAGGACAAACAGGGCACUAUUCACUGAGGACAAGCAGGGCUCUGUACACUGAACAAGCAGGGCUCUAUUCGCUGAUGACAAGCAGGGUUCUGUACACUGAGGACAAGCAGGGCUCUGUACACUGAGGACAAGCAGGGCUCUGUACACUUAGGACAAGCAGGGCUCUGUGCAGUGAGGACAAGUAGGACUCUGUACACUGAGGACAAGCAGGGCUCUGUACACUGAGUACAAACAGGGCUCUUAACACUGAGGACAAGCAGGGCUCUGUAUACUAAGGAUAAGCUGGGCUCUGCAUACUGAGGAUAAGCAGGGCUCUUUACACUGAGGACAAGCAGGGCUCUGUACACUAAGGACAAGCAGGGCUCUGUGCAGUGAGGACAAGCAGGGCUCUGUGCUGUGAGGACAAGCUGUGCUCUGUGCACUGAGGACAAGCAGGGCUCUGUACACAAAGGACAAGCAGGGCUCUGUGCAGUGAGGACAAGCAGGGCUCUGUGCUGUGAGGACAAGCUGUGCUCUGUGCACUGAGUACAAACAGGGCUCUGUACACUGAGGACAAGCAGCACUCUGUACACUGAGGAAAGCAGCAGGAAAAAAAGAAAACC